AUGGGUACAACCACAAAGAGAAAGAGAAGUGACACACCCCCGGUAUCUUCUCAGGUGACCCCUAAACGUCGUAGCAUGCGCAUUCUACACGCAAGAUCUACUGGAACACGCACCAGUAACGUUGAAGCCGCCGGAACCCCAGUUGACGAUGAUAGUGAUGAUGGCGACACCACUGAAUCUGAGGCUGAUGUCCAGAAUAAGAGAACGUUGAUGACAUUGGCAACAUGCGUGAAGAUUCUGACAGGGACUACAAUGAUGAUUGCAAUGAGGAUGCAUUUGCUUAUUCCAGCAACUAUCGAGGAGGACAAGGUGGUUCAGAUGCUUUCUUUGGGUCCGCUGGUAGCAGGCUCAAACCUUGCUGCAGCCAUUGCUGACCCUGCCCGGAGUCCUCCUCAGGCAGCCCUUGCAGGACCUUCUCCAACCAUGACACCAACGAAUUCUCGGGAUGAAACACCUACGUUCCAAGUCACGAGCCCCUUACCACCUAUCUUUCGGCAUUUUCUCCAAAGAGACCUUAACCCUGAUAUUUCGCCAACCCUUCCAGCAGCUCUUCGGAGCAACACUUUUGCCGUCCACGAGACCCUGCUCGUUCCAUCCCAUGUUCAACCACUUCUCCGGGCGUCAGGGCCUAGUCCCCUAGCACUUCUUCCAGCGGUUCAACCUGACAACACGAGCGCUGCUGAAAACGCCCAGGCUAUCAUUACCGUUGCCGGGAAUGCUGCUGCAGAACACCUUCCUAACAUGUCUUGGCUGGAGUAG